AUGGCGGAGCCGAUAGACCCCAGGCCGGACGAUACGGCCAAUCUGCCCGCUGGGCUAAAAUCACCAGUGGCUCAGCCGCCGGCUUCGACUGAACAACCGCCGCAACAAACAGAACAACCCCCGCCACAAUUGCAAGAAUCAGAUCCUACAUCCUCCUCAGUCAGCGCGCCGCAGCCCGAACCCCAACCUGACUUCCAGUCCCAUCCCCAGUCCCAUCCCCAGCCCGAGCCUCAGACCCAAACAAUACAUGAGACUACGGAGCAACAUGAACUGUCGAGCAUACCAUUCUCGCAAGCGGAAAACACUGAAGCUGCGCCAAUUCCGAAUACCACGACUCCUUCGAUUGAUUCCACGUUCCCACCCGAGCACUCUCUGCCCCCGAUGGACACAUCGCAGUCAUUAAUGGAUGCCGGUCUCACGUCGUUCGAUUCAGCACUACCCUCGGUGGGCUCUACAUCGGCUGAAGAUUACUCGCUUCCAGCAAUUGAUACAACUUUACCUACGUUUGACUCGGCUUUGCCGGCGAUUGGCACUGACAUUCCUACAAUGUACGAUGAUCAUCCGUUCGACGACAGUCAUUUCGGCACGCACGACUCUCACUCGGGAUCUGUAGAGCCUGGACACAGUGGGCCUGGAUCUAUGAACGGGUCGACACCUUACGAUACGACGUCCAACGGCACUUACCAAUAUGCACAUAAUUCUGCUCCGUCGCAUCAGUCCGAAGGACAUAAUCCACCUUCACAGGCUUCAUCCCAGCACCAGUUCCAAGCGCAGCCUCAGCAGAACUACCAGCAGCAGAGCCCCGAUAUGUACCACAAUUCCGGUUUCUCGACAGUGAAUGCGAAUUCGAACAAUAAUGGCCAAGGACAGCCGGGCCAAAUGCCACAGGCACCUAUCGGAUCGCCUAUGCCUCCGAUGUCCUCAAUGGGCCAGUAUAUGGGUGGUUACUCCUCCAAUUCUUCCCAAGGUGGUAUGAAUGCCAAUGGGCAAAUGCGAUACGGACUUCAGGGAGAUCCAAAUAAAAUGCUCUCCAGUGCACGACAUAAGAAAGAAGUGAAGCGCCGUACAAAAACAGGCUGUCUAACUUGUCGAAAGCGCAGAAUCAAGUGCGACGAAGGACAUCCGGUGUGUCGAAAUUGUGUGAAAAGCAAGCGCGAGUGUUUAGGGUACGAUCCCGUUUUUCGGCCUACCGCAUCAGCCCCAUCGGCCAUCCAACCUGCUCCAAACCCACCCCCGUCUCUGGUUGUGAACCCUCAAGGCCCUCCUGCCUCAUCUACACCUUCGUAUCCUUCCGCUCCUCCUGGGUAUAUGCCCGCUUCCUCCCAACCCUUUGCGCCAUCUCUUCAGUCUGAGUCGCCCAGCACCUCGACAGACCACCAAACCGAUCACAGAGCUUCGUUUGACGCGUCAACUGCCUUGAGUAAUACUCAAACACCAAACACAAUGCAAGUCGCCCACGAGACAGGGCCUCAGAUCUCUGAGCCUACUUACAGAGCUGCGAAAAAUCUCCAUGUCAAUGACUUGCUCGCUUUACGAGGUAUUGCCCCACCUCCACCACAUCCUGCCGGAAACCUCCCUCCAGGCCGCCUCGAAGAAAUCCAAGCUGUAUUCCUCGCUACUUAUGCACCCGCCAUCGACAAACUCUUGGAAGUUCGGUGGUACUCAGAGAAGGCGUUACAAGUUCUUAUGGCAGACAACCAGCUGAUGGCCGAUUAUUCUGCAUUGAUCAAUGCGUUCAACGAUUGGAAUCUUUCUGAUGGAAACACCCUCGCCCGCUUGGAGAGCUUCGAGGCCUCAAUUAUUUGGAGAAGUAUGCUGCUGUGCCGUCAGGUACCAAAUUCAGAGAAUGGUCAGUAUGGACAAGACUGGAACUUGCUUGCUGCCAGCGCUCGUUUGACCGCGAUGGAAGCUCUUCUGAGCUGGAACCACCUGGACCAAAAUUCCUUGUCCCGAAAACUCAGGAUGGAAGCCGCUACUCCACCUAAUCAGCCUGAUCAAUUCGUGGAACGGCAAUUGGAUUUCUGGGGCGAACUUGGUGAAUUUCUCACACUCCACGAUAACGAAGCCAGUUCCGCCAAGCAAAUUGAUGAUACGCUUACUCGUUGUCGACAAUUACUUGAUACACACGAAAACCGCGAUAUUAUUUAUUCUAUCGCAAUUGCAAGGCAUCUGGGAGCGCGUUGGAGCGAUUUCCCUAAUAGCUUGCCCAAAGUUGGCACUACCAACGAGAAGGAGUCCAGCACUAAGCUUUUCGUCGCACAAAAAUUCAUCGAAGAAGAAGCCGAGGGAAAAGGUACUACUCAGAUCUACAAGCGUAUCUGUUGUAUGGCAGUUCGCUCUUGGUGGGUCGCCCGCGAGUAA